AUGAUAGAAAUGUAUCACAGAUGGAACCCUGAGCAGCUGCAGGAGGAGGACAGUAUGCAGAAAACAGCCAUGGCCUUCAUCCUCCUCUUCCUCAUCACUCUGCUCUUCAGUGUCGCCACCCCGGACAGCCGUCAAGUGAUCUCUGCUCUGAUGAUGCUGUCUGUGGCUCUUCUGCUGCUGCUGGCAGCUGGAUCCUGUGUGAAGAGUGAGACACUGACACAGGUGGCCUCGGUGACUGUGCAGCCAGGGCACACUCUCUCCCUCCCCUGUAACGUCUCCUACUCUUUAGGCAGCUACUUCACUGCAUGGAUCAGACAGCAGGCAGGGAAAGGCCUGGAGUGGAUUGGAAGCAAAUACACCGGAGCAUCCUACUAUAAAGAAAGUCUGAGGAACAAAUUCAGUAUUGAUUUAGACACCUCCAGUAACACAGUGACUCUGAUCGGACAGAACAUGCAGCCUGCAGACUCUGCAGUGUACUACUGCGCAAGAGGCACACAGUCAAACAAAGAAUGA